AUGGCUUCUUUGCUUGUUGAUGCGUCUCAGGAAGAAUCACAAUGGGCUUGCAUCUCAGAGCUAGCCUCCCAGCUGGCCUCUGUGUUGACUCUUGGAGGUGAUACUGAGAAUAGUUUCCUAGUUUCGAAGCCUUAUUAUACUUGUCUUCUGCGUGAUCCUCGACUUUAUACAUUCUCGGAACAGCUGAUCCAGGCCCUGCUACAUCAUGUGCUUAAGGUCGAUAACUGCAAGAUACACCAACUACUGUCCAUCCUGAAACGGCAUUCAAAGCGAAUACUUCAGGGGCUUGACCGCUCUUCGCUGCGUUGCCUGGCAUACUUUUUGCUUAAUUCAGACGAGGAAACCAGAUUGAAGAAUGGACUCUAUCUGCUGCUGGAUGAACCGCAAUACAUUAAGGACUCGGGACAUAUGGUAUACCAAGUAGCAAGCCCAAGGAUUGGGGACAGAUCCCGCUUGCUUCAAGAAAGAAUACUGAGCAAACUAUACUUACUAUAUUCCACCGAAGGGCAGGCUACUUGGCUACGGAAAAUGGCCGGCAAAAUGUUUCUGGAGAUACUUUCGGAGCCAGAGCAUAAUCAUGCUUCCUUCAUUACAUCCCAAGAGGUGGACAUGUCACGACUCUCGUACAUCAUACUCAAUGGCAACUGUGCCUUGAAACUGAUCGCAACAACCAUGAUUCAUGCGCUACAUAACUUGGGAGUGAGCGACGAAGUUCUCUGGCCGCCAGACAAUAGCACGGAUAGAGUCAGGUUCUUUGAUACUAUGCCGUCAUAUAAAGAUGAUCCGCUGCAGCACUUUCAAAUCUUAUUCGAUACGGUUGUCCUAUCAGAUGCGGCAAUGCCAUCGAAAUCGAUAGAUUUGAGUACGACGUCCCAGUUUCGACGAUGCUUUCUCCUUCACGCAAUAGGCAUCGACACAACGCUCCUGAUUGAAGGAAUCGUUCUCGCCAUGAUCGAUGAUGGAUGCUUGACGUUCAUGAGCUAUCGACAGGACACAGCGAGAAUGUGCCUAGAAUACGUUGACGUCUACACUCAGAGCAUUUGUUUACCAGCGCGCUCGGUUACGGACAAAACUAAGACAUAUCGUCUAAUUAUAGACCUUUCUCAGCAUAGACUAAUCGUGAAAAGCGGCAAACGCCUAUGCUUCGGGGGCCAAACUUUGAGCAUAUUGUCCGAUGAAGAUCCUUGUGAUUUGCGAAUGGCCAUCGAGGAGUUCUGCCGGAAUGACCGAACCUCUGUAGAUACAGAUAGUGUAUUCCGGAGGUCUUCUUCAAUGGUGCUGGAACUGGAUACAGGCGAUGAAGUCGCAAGGAAAUCUUCUGGAAUUCCACCCAACAAUAUACAGGAGCAGGAGGGACCCUGCACAGGUUUCGUCUCGAUACAAAAGGCUCGGCAAGUGCUGGAGAAACACCCAGAAGUGCUCGAGGAAGGGAAUACUAAUGAUGAGAACCUGGCACAUGUUCUUUCAGAGCGUAAAAGCUCUCAGGAUUAUCAGCGGGCACAUUACGCGGGUGAACCUCCCAUGCCAACAUCAAACCCAUCACUGACCAGAGUACCGGAGAAGCCAAACGGCAGAUUUGCACCAAGAGCAGAUACUAAAAGAAGAAUAACAGGUCGCUUGCGGAGUGGGAAUAGAGGAAAAAACCAUCUAUCUAAUACUCAAGAGUCUAUGGUCAUAUAUACGCGACAUCCCAAACAGAAGGUAUAUACAGCCAGCUCCAAAGCUGCUGUUGACUGGGACGAGGAUCUCCGACCUAGCGAUAAUGAAGCGAGAUCACCUCUCAAAGAUACAGACAUAACUUCAAUUUCAUCCCCCAUGCCUGGUGAGACGUCUCUUACCGGCAGUCAUUUGGCAAUUCCGGGCAAAAGGAGAGCAGCCAAAGGAAGGAAACUAGCCACAAAGCGCAAGAAUAAAUCAUCUCGUCCUACAAAAAAGAUCGGAAACAUUACCAAUAAAUCGACAGCAGCGUUACCACUUGCAGAAGAUGCCGACAUGACGAAGCUGAUACUUUGUUCCAGCAACAACCGCUCUGAAAGCAUUGACGAGGAGAAAAAUGGAGCAGGUGCCACGGCCAAAUGUGCCGAGCUCUACCCAGAUAAUGACUUCGUUAGAUAUGACUCUGCUACACCACAACACGAAGAGAGCCGCACUAGAUCGCCUCGAAUUCAAGCCUGUAGGAAAAAUGAAAGUUUUCUAAGCCACCAGCAUCAGCUAUCUACAAGUAAAAUGGGUGACAACAACCAUCAGUUGACUUCUCCAGAGAGCCAUCCGACCCCACAAGGACUCCAGGGCAGGGGCCGUGCAGUUGGGAACAAGCUGUCUGCAGCCUUUCAGCAAGGAGACCCUUCAUCAGGCACCGGCGGACAUAAAGAACACAGCUUAGAGCAUAUAAAGACCCAAAACAAGCCGAGGAACGAAAACGGACGCGUUUUGUCAGACAUAUUAUAUGCUUCCGUGGGAGAGAGUGGUGUACAGGGGAAGUCCGAGCCCACGGAGUCUGUCAUAGAAAGAUAUCCCAUUUAUGAUAAGUUGCCCUUAAGUACACCAAAAGAGCAAUUCACGGGUAGGUUUGAGGAUGACAUUUAUGCAGAAGAUUCUGUCGUAAGGCACAUGAGCAGGAGCAGUUCUUUCAAUGUCGACAACGAGGAGCAAAAAAGGGUGUCUCAGUCAGCUGGCUCCGCUGUAUCAAGUCCAUUGUGUGCAGAGGAGGAUUGUUCCGAUGCAGAAGUUCCCUAUGAAGUUUGCCCUGGAAGCCUCGGGGCCGCGCAGAAUAUUUGCAGUUCUGACAUGCAUGAAAACACAUCUGAGGGCAUAAGAAGCCCGCGGGCUAGGUCAGAGAAGAGAAGGAUAGCUGCGCUCAGUUCGGACGACAUGCAAUAUGACCCACCUACAAGGGACCAAGCCUCGGAAAAUGCUUUCGAGGAAGAAUCCAGGCGGCUUGUUCACAAAAAUCACUUGUAUCCCACGAAGCGAUUGAAAGUCACCCCCAGAUCAACCAUCGUUGAUUCUGAUGGAAGCCCCCGCCUUCUGUACCGCAUUAAAAGUGGAUGCAUCGUUGACUGGACCGGCGUGGACGAAACGUAUCCACAUGUGUCAGGCACGAAAUACAGAUCCUCCACCAGUGAGCACGUUCGGGAGAUCCUGAGAGAUGGAAAAUUUGGUGCACAAGAUGACGAUCUAUCUGCUUCAUGGGAGCGAAACGUAAUUCUAGGAUCAAAGCAUUCCGGGACCUGCACGAACAGAGAGAAGGAAGUACUGACUUUCCAGGAUCGUCUAAUGGCAUGUGCAGGUAAACCUACAUCAAGCAAGACCCCGCUUAGAAAUCCCGCACGAUCAAGUCCUGAUGCACAUUUGACAUUGGGAUGCGAUAACAAGCCUCAUGCGACAUGCAACUCCCUACCUCGAGCGACAAUAGUUCCAGACCAAUUAUCGGCGCAGCCAGGUUUGCCCAAGUCGGAUAAUAUCGCAGAUGGUGUCCUGGAGCACACCAGCUGGCAAUCCUCCCUGCAGGCGCUUCACAAAAGAGCGCAAGGCAUGCUUCUUGCGACCAGCGAGCAUAUAAUACAAGAGAUUGAGAGCGAGAAAAAGACCAUCAACGAAGUUUUGGAGAUGUAUCGGCGAGAUUGCCACCGGGUGCUGGAUCAGCUCUUCGAAGCCCAAGAAGAACGAAUAAGACUGUGCCAGCAACAGAUGAACUCCAUUCGCGAACACCAUACCGAAGUAUGCCAGGAGUUGAUGCAGCGUCUAGAGCGGGACGAGAAGCAGCUUCAGGAUCGCAUGCAGUUGAGAAAAUGA